AGAAUUUUAAUCCAAAAGCGCCGUUAUUGCUCCCCGUGCGCGCUGGUCGAGUGCAGGACUGGGGCACGCGAGAGGGACGCUAUCUGUUUUAACCGGUCUCAGUAUUGAACAAUUUCUCUGAUGAAAUCGAAAAUCAUUGAGCCUGUUUUCCCACCUGUUAAACUUGUCAAAUUCGCCAGAAAAGUUCGAUCUUACAUUGAUUCAAGGGUCAGUUGUUUAUUCCGAGCGUGUGGAGGGGAAUGCGACUGAAAAACGAGCUUAUAGGAGAGGGAAAAUACCUAGAUUGAGGGAAAGUAAUGUCUGUAACUUGAGAAGUUUUACAAGUCUAUUUUAGAAGAAAGAACAGCGCUUAUAAGAGAGAGCCUGAGAAGUGCAUUGUUCGAACAUCUCAACGAACUGAACCCAGAACCGCUAAACAUAUGCAGACCCCCAACAACAUUGAGAACUCGUGCCUUCGCGGAAAAUUAUUCACGCAUGCGCACUAGCCAACCCAGGAUGCGCACUGCGUUGUGCGCAGGUCGUUGGGUGACAGCUGUCUAAACAUGGAGGCUUGCCGAGGGUACAGACUGCCUGUUCCCGAGCGUACGUAAUAGCCUUCUAAGCCGAAAGGACCAACCAGCAAAGCUGUACCAAAGGUUACACGAAUUGACAGUUUAUCAUUCUUUAUUGUUCGAUCGUUUUUGAUUGUAGGAAUGACGAUGGAAAACAUGGGCGAGCUCCCGGCUGAUCAACAAAUCAACGGUGAUUCGUCUAACGGCACGGCCAGUCAGAGCCAACCCUCACCACAAGAACCGGAUUACGUGAAUCCUCAGGACGAACUCGAAACGAGCAUCACUCGCUCUGAGGCCAUUCCGGUCAGUGUGAGCAGUAUGAUCGACUCGAGCGAGUUCCGUUCCCAAAUGGGAGAUGUGACCUACCACACACUGAACGGUAGGAUGAGCCCUAGUUACAGCCCAAACAGUUAUGCUACACUGACCCCUCUGCAGCCACUUCCUCCCAUCUCUACAGUUUCGGACAAAUUCAGUCAUGUCACGGGCCCUAACGUCAGCGGCAGCUUCACGCUCAUGCCACAGAACAACGGCCUGGGAGCUGGGAUCAUGGACAUGACCACUUACGGUCACCACAGGUACCACGAGAAGCUGGGAAUGGCCGGGGUGAGUAUGAAUAUGGGUCCCACCCUGGGUGCCACAGCCAUGACAAUGAUGUCUGGCAAUAACCUCAACUACCAACAGGGCCUGGGUUCUUACGGCUAUGCUCAGAAUGGAUUAGCGUCACCAAAAUCAGAACCGAAAAUGGCCUCGCCAAACAGUUACGUGGACUCGUACGCAGCCUCUCCGAUCCACAACACAACGCGGUUACACUCACCAAACUCGAUGAUGGUCACCAUGAACGGAAUUCACAACGCCCCAACACCUUCACCUCACAGCGAAAGUCCUCAGCGCGAAAGAGCCGGCACCUCUUUGGACAUUCAGAAUAAGCAGCAGCAACAAGAGAUUGAAGAGAUCAACACAAAGGAAUUGGCUCAGAGGAUAAGCAGCGAACUCAAACGGUACAGCAUCCCGCAGGCAGUCUUUGCGCAGAGGGUCUUAUGCAGGAGUCAAGGGACCCUCAGCGAUCUCUUGCGAAACCCCAAACCCUGGAGCAAACUUAAAUCUGGACGUGAGACUUUUCGCAGAAUGUGGAAAUGGUUACAGGAACCAGAGUUUCAGAGGAUGUCCGCACUUCGCCUGGCAGGAUCACUUUCAAGUGUUGCCAGGACCAACAAUAUCUGCACUACCAUCUCUGGU